CAGUGAUUGAUUUUACUCAGUGAGAAAUUCAUAGCAAUAAAAGGAGGGUAUGACUGGGUGGGGGGGCAAUGGAGCCUACCAACCAUACUUGGUCAGAUCCGUUGUGUUGGGCCCAGUGUAUAUUUUUUCUCCUCCUCCAAAUGUGUUCCUUCCUCUUCAGACCAAAACUCAGUCUCUCUCAGACAUAUUAUGACUUUUGAAGAGUGAGAAAGUUCGAGACUUUGAAAGAGAGAGAGUGGUGGGAUUCAUUUAGUUUAGUAAUAGUCAUAGAAAGGAGUGAGCUUAACAGCUCGAGGAUCUGAAAGAAAGCUUCACUCUUUAAAAUAUUUUUAUCAUAUUUCUUUUUUAAAAAAGGUUUGGCGUUUACUUCAUUUGACUUAGAAUAGAUAGCACUUAGAAGAAGAUUUGGGUUGCCCAGAAUUCAAAUUUUAAGAACUGGGUUGUUUGAUUUGAAGCCUGAAGAUGAGUUCUGUUGAUGCCAUGGUUGAGAUUUGAAGCCCAAGGAGUUCUUGGUAGCUGGAGAUUGUGUAUAGAAUUUGGUAGGUGAAGGAAUUAGAUAAAUUUGUAUAGAUGGAUCUGGGUGAAGAUAGCGGCAGGAUUGGCUCGGUACCAGCCACCACAUCAAGAAAUAUGUCAUCAUCAUCCUCGCAAUUCUUUUCAGCUAACCAGUCACCCUUCUUUUCUCCUAGAUUGUCUUCAUGUCAAUUAUCUGAAUCAACAAGGUCAGAUGCUCAAUGUGAUGGUAUUCUUUUAACUGCUGAUCCCCUUAGUUCAAGCUCUGGAAUUCCAGACCCCGAAACUCUAGCAAAUGUUGGGUAUCUGUUGUCAGACGUGUCACCAGCUCCAGCUGCUUGUAGUUCUAGUAGUUUUCAGAAGUUUGAUAGAAUAUCUUCGUCCACUGGUAUCUCUAAUACAGCAGCCUCUAGUUACAGCAAUGCGCAUGACAACGGUCAUUCUGGGCACAGAGAAAGACUGAAAAAGUAUGGGAGGCACUAUGGAGUUUCAUCUACGCCAGGGCCAGUUUCGCUCUCCUUUAACAGAAUGAGAAGCUAUGAUAUCUUCAUAGGUUUUCAUGGACGCAAACCUUCUUUGAUGAGAUUUGUUAAUUGGCUUCAGGCAGAGUUGGAGGUUCAAGGGUUGAGUUGCUUUCUCUCUGAUAGAGCUCGCCUUAAAAGCUCUCAUAAACAUGGAGUUGUUGAGAGGGCUAUGGAUGUUUCUUCUUUUGGAGUGGUUAUCAUCACAAACAAGUCAUUCAGAAAUCCAUAUACUAUCGAGGAGCUGCAAUUCUUUGCAGACAAAAAGAACUUGGUCCCAAUUUUUUUUGAUCUAAAUCCUAAUGAUUGUCUGGUCAGGGAUAUAGUUGAGAAGAGAGGAGAGUUGUGGGAGAAGCAUGGAGGAGAGUUAUGGGUUCUGUAUGGAGGUUUGGAGAAAGAAUGGACAGAAGCUGUUCAUGGCCUUUCUCGGGUUGAUGAGUGGAAGCUCGAAGCUCAAGAUGGUAAUUGGAGAGACUGUAUAUUGAAGGCUGUCACAUUGUUAGCAAUGAAACUAGGGAGACGAAGUGUUGUAGAGCGGUUAUCAAAGUGGCGAGAGAAAGUGGAGAAAGAAGAGUUCCCUUUUCCUCGAAAUGAAAAUUUCAUUGGUAGGAAGAAAGAACUAUCUGAGUUGGAAUUUAUUCUUUUUGGUGAUGUAACUGGAGAUUCAGAACGAGAUUACUUUGAGCUCAAGGCUAGGCCUAGGAGGAAAAACUUGACGAUUGGGUGGGGUAAGAGCAGUACAUUUGACGAAAGGCGAAGGGAGCGACAACUCGAGAGUAGAAGGAAGGGGAAAGAGCCUGUUGUGUGGAAGGAAUCAGAAAAGGAGAUUGAGAUGCAAGGCACUGAUGCUCCUCAAAAACCGCACCUGCCCAGGUCGAAAAGUAGUGGAAAGUACCCAAGGAGAAAAAGAUCGACAAAGAUUCUUUAUGGGAAAGGGAUUGCUUGUGUGUCAGGAGAUGCAGGCAUUGGCAAGACAGAGCUACUUCUUGAAUUUGCUUACAGAUAUCACCAGAGAUACAAGAUGGUGUUAUGGGUGGGAGGUGAGAGCAGGUACAUUAGGCAAAACUAUUUGAAUCUCUGGUCAUUUUUAGAAGUUGAUGUGGGGCUUGAAAAUUGCACAGAGAAAAGCAGAAUUAGAAGUUUUGAAGAGCAGGAAGAGGCGGCAGUGUCAAGAAUCCGGAAAGAACUUAUGAGGAACAUUCCAUUUUUGAUUGUGAUUGAUAACUUGGAAAGUGAAAAGGAUUGGUGGGAUCACAAAUUGGUAAUGGAUCUUCUUCCUCGCUUUGGUGGAGAGACUCACAUAAUAAUAUCGACACGCCUUUCUCGGGUGAUAAAUUUGGAACCUUUGAAACUCUCAUACUUGUCUGGCGUUGAAGCAAUGGUGCUGAUGCAAGGAGCUGUGAAAGACUAUUCUAUUAGAGAAAUUGAUGUUCUAAGGCUUAUUGAGGAGAAAGUAGGCAGGUCAACGUUGGGGCUGGCAAUUGUUGGUGCAAUAUUAUCAGAGCUCCCAAUAACUCCUAGCAGAUUACUGGAGACCACUAACAGAAUGCCCUUGAAGGACUUUUCUUGGAGCGGUAGAGAAGCUCAUCCUUUGAGGCGAAGCUCCUUUCUUUUGCAACUUUUUGAGGUGUGUUUUUCAAUAUUCGAUCAUGCAGAUGGACCAAGGAGCUUGGCUACCAGAAUGAUCCAGGCAAGUGGUUGGUUUGCACCUUGCGCAAUUCCAGCAUCCCUGUUGGCCCAAGCUGCAAAUAAAAUCCCCGAAAAGCAUAGGAGAACCCUGCUAUGGAGAAAACUGUUGCACUCUUUAACAUGUGGCCUUGCUUCAUCAUACACUAAAAGAUCAGAAGCAGAAGCUUCGUCCAUGUUGAUAAGGUUCAACAUUGCAAGAAGCAGUACCAAGCAAGGUUGCAUACAUGUCAACGAGCUCAUCAAACUAUACGCCAGAAAAAGAGCAGUAACAGGCGCUCCACAAGCUAUGGUUCAAGCUGUAAUCAGCCGUGGUUCGAUAACUAAACACCCUGAACAUAUAUGGGCAGCGUGUUUCCUCUUAUUUGGAUUCGGCCGUGACCCUGUGGUUGUCGAUCUCAAGGUGUCGGACUUGUUGUACCUUGUCAAAGAAGUGGUAUUGCCUCUCGCCAUUCGAACUUUCUUCAUGUUCUCUCGUUGCAGCGCUGCACUUGAGCUCCUGCGCCUAUGCACUAGCGCCUUGGAAGCAGCCGAGCAAGCUUUUGUUGCCCCGGUUGAGAAGUGGUUGGAUAAAUCACUUUGUUGGAGGCCAAUCCAAACUAAUGCUCAGUUAAAUCCAUGCCUUUGGCAGGAGCUGGCACUUUCAAGAGCCAUAGUGUUAGAAACUAGAGCCAAACUAAUGCUAAGAGGAGGACAGUUUGAUAUUAGUGAUGAUCUGAUUAGGAAGACUAUCUUUAUUAGAAAUUCAGUCUGUGGUGAAGAUCACCCAACCACCAUAUCUGCUCGAGAAACUCUUGGCAAAAUCACAAGGCUCCUUGCUAAUGUUCAAAUUCAUACUUCACUAUAGAUUCCAAUAGUUCUUUUUUUUUCCUUUUUUUGCAACCAAAAUUUUACUCAAAAAUCAUACAAAUGUCUCAAAUAAAACUAUUGAAUAUACCAGUUUUCAGAGGGGUUUAUAAUUAUUUUUUCAAUGCCAUUCUUCUCUGAAAGAGAUUUUUUCA